AUGCCUUGGUUUCCUGAGGACGUGGGAGACUUGGAUGGCGGUCUCCCUUUCGACUGGGAGGAGGAAGACCUAAGCCUGCAUUCGGACCCUGAUACUGCAGGCUACGAGAAUGAAGUCGAUGAGCCUUGGGAGACAGCCAAGGAACUGCGCAACUUUGAGGAUCGCGUCACUUCUCAAGCCUUGGAAGUGCCAGCAGCUGUCAUUGACGAUGAGUUGCCCACAGCACCCAGUCCGCCGAUGCCGGUUGACGCUACACCGGAAGCCCCAUUGGAAGAGCAGCCCGUCAGAGACGAGAAUGGCAUAGAGGUAGGCACCAUCUUGCCGGCAGCGCGGUUGAGUCUUCCGCAUGAGAUUUCGGUCGAUAUUCCUUCUAGCACACUUGUUGUGCCGGCAAAUCUAUACCAAGGCGAAGGGACUGCAGCCAGCGAACGAGAAUGGGCAGCGGUGCGGUCUUUGCUGGAAGAGACUCGCCGGCACAAUAUUGACGAUGGAAACAAUGAAGACUUUAUUGAGUUUGAGUUUGACAACUUCGCCAUACACAUUAACGCCACGGCACCGGGUGGUAAGCUUUAUGAGGACAGACGCUAUCCCUGUGAGAUGCGCCCUCUACACCAUCUCGGCACUCAAAACGGAUGUACCCAGAUGUUUGCAGACGGCAUCUUGUCUAUAGGGGAAAAACGGUUCUUUAUACGGCAAAUUCCUUUCAAUGAGUUGCCCAUUGGGAACUACGGGGUGUCUGAGCCGACCGUUAACUCUGAGAUAUGGAUACGCUCGAAGAUGAAUGUCGCGGUUGCUAACAAGCAGGGGCCCGAUAUAUAUUAUCGUCUGAGAAAUCCGGCCCCCGAAUAUCGCCGAUAUCAUGCCGGGUUCAUAUGGGUCGCAGAUCUGGCCAAGCACGUGGUCGACUAUCUCUCUGCUGCCAUAGAUGAGGGCCGUCGUGUCACAUUUCGAGAAUUUCGGUCGGAUUUCAGUCAAUGGCUUAGCAAAAUGCAUGGGAGCUCGAAGGCAUUCUCCAAAUGGCGGCGGCAGUAUGCUAGGGAAGACUUUGGCACUGCGAUUGUGCCUCAUCUGGAGUAUAUAUACAAAGAAGCCUAUGGGGUCCUUGGGCACGGCAAAGUCACAUCGAUAUAUCUUUGGAGAGAGAUCCGCGAUUUUACCGCAUUCGCCAAUAGCCAGAAGCAAGUACCCCGGGGCCUAGGUAGCGGGGCUUCCACUCCACGGGCUUCACUAUCGCCAACGCCGACCCUUGUAACUCCAUACAUCGACGACCUCUUCCAUCAUUUGCCUUGCGGGCCGAUGAUGGAGGCCAUCAGCCCAAGUGCAGAUGUGGAAAAGCUACGGAGGGCCAUCACACGAGAUUUAGGCUUGGAGUCGUCAGCAAGGAUUCAUACGACGGUCAAGAACAUCUUUGAAAGGACCGGAGGUGAAGUACAAGUCGGAGAUGUGAUUUCUACACCGAGAGACGAUAACGACGAGCACUGGGCUAGGGCUAGAGAACCUGCUACCGGAUUUGACGAUAUCGACCGUUGGUUUGGACUGGUUCAGAAAGUUCAUAAUGCCCACCCUUCGAGGCAAAAACGGUUUGACGUGAUUUGGAUAUACAGGCCUAUCGAUACGCUCUGCGGCACGAUGCGAUACCCGUGGAACAACGAACUCUUCCUCUCAGACCAUUGUACAUGCCAUGAUUCUGCCGUCGGGAAGAUCAAGGAGGAUGAGGUACUAGCAAUCCACAAAGUACACUGGGCAGGUUCGUCCGGGACUGAUACAGAGUUCUUUUGUCGCCAAACCUACCUUCACGACGAGCGCAAAUGGAUCACUUUCAAGGAGCAGCACCUGCGAUGCCUUCACCGCCGAAAUGAAGCGAGUUCCCUUUAUCAAAUUGGGGAAACUCUGCUGGUUAGUCUGAAGUCGAAUGACAACAUAGUCGAGCCUUGCGAAUUGAUAAGCCUCCCCAACGCCGAUGGCGUAGCAACGUUUCGCCUCCUGGAGCGUAGGCAUCGUCUGGAGCCCGGCACGAAUUUUCCACCAAACGAACUUGUCUAUACCAACGAAACGGUUACUGUCAAAGAGGGAAGGAUUCAUGGGAGAUGUCUGGUCCGAUUUUUCGGUCUCAAAGAGAAGAUACCACCGCCAUACGACCGGAACGGGGUGGGCAACGCAUUUUUCAUCACGCAUCGGUGGCAGGACGGAGUUAUGGUUCCUAUUGAGGAUGGGCCAAUACCAUCACUUAGACAAGGUUAUAAUCCGAUGAAGCCAUUCAGAAAGCUUCGGGGAUUCGACCUCUUUUGCGGAGGUGGCAACUUCGGUCGCGGGCUUGAAGAAGGAGGCGCAAUCGAGAUGAACUGGGCCAAUGACAUCAAUAUUAGGGCCAUUCACACAUAUAUGGCGAACGCCACGAACACUGUCCAUCCUUUCGCAGGUUCGAUAGAUGAUCUUCAACGACUUGCUCUACGAGGAGAUUUCAGCGAAAAGGUCCCUGAAAUCGGCAAGGUGGACUUCGUUUCUGGUGGUAGUCCAUGCCCUGGCUUCUCACGCCUGACGAUUGACAAGGCUACCCCUGAGCAACGCAAGAAUCAGUCACUAGUGGCUGCAUUCGCUUCGUUCGUCGAUACAUAUCGACCUCGCUAUGGCCUACUUGAGAACGUAAUGGAAAUCUUACAGCCCAAAGGACGCCGAGGCGAAGAUGUAUUCUGCCAACUGAUUUGCGCCCUCGUCGGUCUCGGCUACCAAGCCGAGGUCUUCUUGUUAGAUGCCUGGACUUAUGGAUCACCGCAGAGUCGAAGCCGCGUUUUCCUGUGCUUUGCUGCGCCUGGUCUCGCUCUUCCUGACAUGCCUCUCCAUUCUCAUUCCCACUAUACAGCUCAGAUUCGCGGUAGGGGAUUAGGUUGGAUCCCCAACGGCUCGCCAAUGGUUGAGCGACUCGUGAUGCCCACCCCGUUCAAGUUCGUCAGCGCACAAGAGGCGACGGCUGAUUUGCCUGACAUUAUGGACGGAAAGGUAGACUGUUGCAUUAACUUCCCGGACCACAGACUCGCCAAUGGCAUCACCAAAUGCGCACGUUCACAGCUGAGUGUCAUCCCCAUGCACCCCUACGGCAUGAAUUUCCAAACGACUUGGAAUAAUGGUAAGGGAGUCAUGACGCCGGCGGAGAGAAGCUUCUUCCCCGAAAAAGGUCUCCGGGUUGAAUUGCCAGUCUCUAGGGCUUGGGGACGAGCUUACCCAGACAAGGUCAUGCAAACGAUUACGACGGUCGCCUCACCUACAGAUGCUCGCGUCGGGCGUAUAAUGCACUGGAAUCAGAACCGUAUUCUCACUGUAAUGGAAGCCCGGCGUGCGCAAGGCUUCCGAGACCACGAGGUCAUACUCGGACGUCCCAAAGACCAAUGGAAAGUCGUUGGCAACAGUGUCGCCAGGGAGGUCUCGCUGGCCUUAGGUCUCUCCUUUCGUAAGGCGUGGUUGGGAUCUUUGGUUGACGGAGAUGAAGUUGUACCGAGGAUUGGCGUCGAACGCGACCUUUCUGAUGAUGUUCAAAUGAUGGAUAUACCGCCUUUAGCAGAGUCGCGUACAAGCAUCUCUGAAUCGGUAUCGCCAGCUUCAUGGUCAAGUCGCGCCUUGCCAUCGAAGCGUCCUUUAGGAAGCACACUUUUGGUUGAGCAAUUCACGUCAAAGGUGAUGAAGACGAGUCGGACACAGACGGCAAGCGAGAGCAGAACUACAAUGGAGGAUGGACAGCAGGCCGCAGAGACGUUCGUGGUGACCUCGGACAUUGAGAUCAUUGAGAUAGACUAG